AUGCCAUUUCUUUGUAAAUAUCUAAUUCCAGACACAGAACUAGAAGCAGGAUCAACAGCUUCAUCGGAUCUCUUAAAACUUUCAUCCAAAUGUCGGACGAUUGGUACUCCCACUGUUUACACUUGCGGUGUUUGUCAAAUUGUCGACGAUGGGGAGACUUCAUUUGCGAAGGCAGGUUACGGCGUAUAUUGGCCACAUGCAGCAGAGCUGGGCACCGGAAGGCGCUACAGUUUCUAUCCUAUCACGUUGGUUCGAUGUCAGCUUCAAGCGAUCAUUGAAGCACUCCAACAGCCUGCUUCACCUUGGUCACAGAAGAAAUUGCUUGUCGCUUCGGUAAUUUGGCUUCUGCUGAUCAUUUCAUGGCCAGCUUGCCUCACUGGUGUUGCUGUUGAGGUUUAA